AUGGAGACGCUGGCUCAGACUACAAAUAUUUCCAAGGUGAUGCUAGAAGGCAGCUUCACUAACAGCUCCUCCAACUGUACAAUUGACGGCUUCAAACAAGUAAUUUAUCCCAUCAUGUAUCUCUUUAUCUUCUUCCUGGGUGCUGUUGGAAACAGCCUCUCCAUUUAUGUUUUCUUCCAGACUUCAGUAAGGACCUCAGUAAACAUUUACAUGCAGAACUUGGCUAUUUCAGACCUCAUGUUUGUGAGUACUUUGCCCUUUCGGGCCUCAUAUUUCCUCUUGGGGUCGCGUUGGGUAUUUGGUGAUAUCCUCUGCAGGAUCAUGACUUACAUCUUAUACAUGAAUAUGUACUGCAGCAUUUAUUUCCUCACCGUGCUCAGCGUGGUUCGUUUCAUAGCCAUCGUCCACCCAUUCAAACACGGAAAAGUGACCAACACGAAGUAUGCCAGGAUAACCUGUGUGGCCAUAUGGGUCUUUGUGCUGGCAGCUGCCAGCCCUCUGUUAAGCAAGGGAAUUGCUGGUUACAUCAACCCAGUCAAAUGCUUGGACCUCCACCCCUCCAACAUACACAGGCUCCUCAUGAUGAACAGCUUUGUCCUCAUCGUGGGCUUCAUUCUGCCAUUCUGCACAAUUGUGUUCUGCUAUGUCUUUGCCAUCAGAGCGCUGCUCAAGUCCAAGGCUCUGCAGAGCAAGAGGGCAGUCUGUCACAGAAAGGCACUGUUGACCAUUACCAUCAGUCUCAUCCUCUCCCUCAUCUGUUUCCUGCCAUACCACAUCCUGCGAACUGCCCACCUCAUGUACAGCAGCUGCAGCCAGGCCAACCUGCACCAGGCUCUGGUGGUCACUCUCUGCCUUGCUGCUAUGAACAGCUGCCUUGACCCCUUCCUCUAUUACUUUUCUGCUGAAAAUUUCAAAGCAAAAAUCAGAAGUUUGUGCUGCAGGUAG